AGACUUCCGAGCCGUCGCACGCCUUUCUCGCGACCGCCCAAACGACGAUUUUACACACACAGUACAAUAUUAUAUACAAGAACAACAUACCGUAUACCGCAAACCACGUACAAUAUUCUUCGACCAGCGUCGUGAAUUCGUUAAUUUCGUCGUAUUAUUGUAAUAUUGCUUUAUUCUAUUGUACUGCGCACGUCCGUCUCACGUAUACGACUCCGCGUGUGUCCGGUCAGACUGGCCCAGCGGAACACUUUGGAUGGCAGUGCACCAUGGGCAAUUCGUCUUCGUCGCACGGCAAACUGCAUAAGUUGCACUACAAUGGUGCGGCUAGUUCGCGAGACCAUCUGUCGUCGUCAUCGUCGUCCGAGAGAUUCACUUCCGGUCCGCCAUCUGCGCCGGGAAAACCGUACCUGGUGGUCGCGGAUCCAGCAGACGAACCGGACGUGAUAACAGUCAAGUGGAAACCACCGGCUCGCGACAGCGGUUCGAAAAUCACAGGAUAUAUUGUCGAGCAUCGUCGGACCAUUUCGCCUCAUUGGGUUAAAGCUACGCCGGGAAAAGUUCAACAUAAUCAGUUAACGUUAAGCGGCCUUGAGCCGGGAUGGCGUUAUCAGUUCAGAGUAAAAGCCUUCAACGCAUCGGGACAAUCACCACCAAGCGUCGUUUCAGAUCCGGUCACGAUGACCGUUCACAGGACGGCAGUCGUGGCACCGGUUUUCGUUUGUGGGAUAGAAGACCGCGUAGCGUUAGAAAAUGAUCAGGUAAAAUUCGAAGUGGAGUUUGAAGGCACGCCGACACCAAAAAUCAGUUGGUACAAAGACGGGUUUGAACUGUUCAGCAACAGACGGCAAAGGGUAAACACUGAUAAUGGCAUGAGUACGUUGUACAUCCAUCAGGCUGAGUACUCAGACGAAGGAGAAAUAAAAUGUUCCGCUACAAACAGAGCUGGCCACGCAAUCACUAAAGCUAGGUUGAGACUCGAAGCACCACCCAUGGUUCGUUUACCGCAAGACUAUGAAGAUGGUUUACUCUUAGAACAGAAUGAACCAAUGAGAUUAAAAGUAUCAGUUUCCGGUCGCCCGUUACCACAAGUUACUUGGCUUCACGAUGGCGAAGAAAUACGAGGCGGGGAUAGGUUUGAAGUAAUUCAUACAGAUAAAUAUGCUGCAUUAAAAUUAGCAUGUGUUAAGAGAUCAGAUAGAGGAUGCUAUCAAAUCCAAGCAGUAAACCCGUUGGGUGAACAUAUGGCUUCAUUUUUGGUUACUGUAACGGAUAGACCUUCACAGCCAGGUAAAGUGCAUGUAUCCAAAACGUCAGGUAAAUCUGUAACACUCUCCUGGAAGCCACCAGAAGAUGACGGAGGCUGUAAAAUUGGAAAUUAUAUAAUUGAGUAUAAUAGAGUUGGAUGGGAUAUGUGGUUAAAAGCAUCGACCAGUAGACAACUAACUGCAGACCUCGAUGAUUUACUUGAGGGUUCGGAGUACAGAUUUCGAGUAAAAGCAGAAAAUCCUUACGGUAUGAGUUUACCGAGUGAAGUUUCUGAACCAAUAUUCUUACCAGAUAUUAAACGAGGUAUAUACAAGCCAGUGGUAACAGCGCCUCUCUUAUUCGAAGACGAAGAAAAGCUAAUCAAAAUUCAAGAAACAGAAAUGUUGGAGUACUUUGGUCGAAAAUCUAAAUCUCCCGAACCGUUGUCUAAAGCGAGAAAACUAAGCGUAGAUGAGGUUUCGCCUCCUGUACCAAAGAGACGGAAAAAAAAGUCAAAGACUGAUUUAAAUAGCUCAGAGGUGGAUAUUUAUAAAUCUUUUAGUUUUUUAGACGUAUCCACUGAGACCUGUCAACAACCAAUUGAACAAAAAGACCAUUGGGGUUUACCUCCUGGGUUGAAGACAAAUAGUGGUAGGAUAAGUCAAGAAGAUUUAACGAACUCUCAAAUAAUACCAAUGAAUUGUAAAACAAAAAGAAAUUCAACAGACUCACUUUUACUAUUGAAUUUCGAACGAGGAUCAGCUCCACCCAUUUCAUUAUCAUCUCCAGAAUUGGGUGCAGAGUCUGAAGGUUUUGAAGAACAGAUAAGGAAUUCUUACAGUUCUAGUGAACUUCUCUACGAAAGAAACUUAAAUAGGUUCAAUGGUUAUUCAAACGAUGAAAAUUUGUCGUCUGAAGCUCAAAAAAUUGCAAUUUAUGCGAUGGAUAGAAAAAACAGUUUAAGGCGGUCACCUAUCACUAGAAGAUCAAAUGAUGGUUCCGAAGAAAAAUCAAUUUUUAGCGAUUCAGAUUCAGUUCAUAGUGUCAUCGAUAUUUCUAAAAGAAAAAAUGCAAGUAGUUUUAUGUCAUUAGCGAAUAGUAUAGAAGAAGAAAUUGUGGAAGGCGUUAAAGAAACAAUCGACAAUGACGAAACGGAACAGUCUACUUCGUUUUCUGGUGUAGAGUCUGAAACGUCAAUAGAAUCAGAUGAUGAUUAUAAUAUGUCAGACAGGUCGGAAGAAAAGUUUACCAACUUUGGAAGUGGAAAACGAGCGUUAGAACAAAAUACGUCGAGUGCUUUCUUUUCAACAGUAUAUUAUGACGAUGAUUACAUGUCAGAUCAAAAACUAUCGGAUAGGGAACAAUCAAAGUCACCGGCCAAAUUGUUGGAAAAGGCCGACGAAGGGCUAUCAACUUCAGCCACCAAAAGUUCCGAAAAUUCCGAUCGAAGAUCGCCAACAACACAGCCCGCGGAAGAGACGUCGGAACAGUCUGACUCGAUGUCCCAAGACUCAUUAAACUAUUCCAACGGAUCGAUUAAUAGCAGUGAAUACUCUCGAUCGGAUGAGCACAAAUCGGACACGGCUGAGAUAUCUACGGUAGAGACGCUAAUGGAUGGGUCUUAUCGACCAAGAGACGGUAUCCCCAAGUAUGUAAUGUUGCCAAAUCCGUUCUACAAGGAAAAUAGUGCAGCGUCUGAGAGUACGGACCUGGUGAAAUUCAAAUUAUCGUCAGAUACGACCGGUAUCAUACCACCUGAAAUACCGGAACGGGAAACUGGAAUUGCUAGUGGUGUCAGACAAACGCUUCCAGUCAUCACCGUCACGGAGAUGAGCGAUCGUAGCCCCAAGUCUGUGCUGAAGAAGAUUUUUGUACCACCAUUUUUUAGCAAACAUUCGAACGGGCCUGACCGUGACAAGUACGAUGACCAAAUGUCUCGGAAGAAGUCUCCUGUGCGAGAUUCAAAAAAUGUUCAGACAGUUAGUAACGGGGAAGACGCGAUUGAGACUCCUGUUGUCACUGCCGAUACAGGCACUAAUGUCAAUGCUGACUCUUGCACUGAUACUGAUGCCUCCGCUGCCACCGAAAUUAUCGCGGUUAGGCAUUACGGUGACAUUGUAGAACAAUACAGUGGAGUGAGUAGAAGACCUGUAGCCAAAACUUACUUAGACUUUGAACAGUUGAAAAUGGCCGCUGCUACCGAAAAUUGUGACGAACCAGUCGUUACAUUUGAAGCUGGACUGCGGGACAAUUUCGAAGAUGACGACGACGUAGAUGAAGAUUAUGCAAAUGAUGAAUACUUUGACGAGAGCGGUGAUUGUUCAUUGACUACAUUGUCCGGACAACCAGAAGUCAUUGAAGAUCCGGCGGCGUCUGGAGAAUGGCUGUCAGCCGUUGUGCUACAUCAGCCGAACUUGCCCGAGCCUUACGUGGUACCGUAUUUGAAGAUAUUCGGUAACCUGUCGUUGGCCGUGUUCGGUUAUUGGCUAUACAUGUGCAAGGACGAGAAGCUGUCCGUACCGGUUUUCGGGUUUCUGUUGUUCCGAUUCUUCAAGACACAAAUCUGGGACAGGAUUUGAUGUUAUGUUGAUUUUUGUAUAUAUAUAUAUAUAAUAUAUAUAUUGAAUUUUCGUUGUCCGCGAUAUACACGCGGCUCGGAUAAGUGCUAAAUGGGAAAAGACAGGGUUCCAUAAUAUGCUAUAUGUCCAUAAUGUUUAAUAUUUAAACAUGUUUAUUCUCAAUAUUUAUAUUAUUUUAUUGUUAAUUAUUAUUUUUUUUUUAUAUUUAAUGAGAAUUAUAACAGUAAUACGUAUUGUUAAUGUUAGGAAAUUGUUAUAUUUUAUACUGAAAGUUAUAAAAUAUUAUGAACCAAAUAAAAAGUAAUAUUUUAUAA